UUUCUUCGUGCCUCCUCGACUUCAGCACAAUGCGCAAAGUAUCGCGUGAAACACAUUGGUUAUACACAAUGAUAGUGGUGGUAUCGCGCCUUUUCGAGGAGAAGCUAUUCGAUCUUUGCCGGCAUUUUAAUAACGAUGGGAACUGGCUAUUUGCUUGUGUAGAGAAGACUAUUUCACAUGGUCAUUGACGGUCUCCUUAUUUACGACGUCAAACUUAGUGAGAAUCGUAUAUUGAGACACAGUACUCUACUUGUGCAGACAUUCAACACUCCGCAGAACAUGGCAGACUCGGAUGAUGAAUACGAUAGAAAGAGACGUGAUAAAUUCAGAGGUGAAAGGACAGAGUCGUAUUCACGGGAACGCAGAGAUGACCGUAGACGUGAUGAUUGGGUCGAUAGUAGAGAGUGGUCAAGUCGUCCGAGACAGCGUCCAGAUUAUCGCGAGUAUCGAGGUGGAGGAGGUGGAGGACGCGAUCGUUACAGUCCUGCGAGAUCUCAAGACAUACAACCACCUUUGAAGAGAAUGCGAUUUGAGUGGGACGACAGACCAAGAUAUGGUCACGACUAUUAUGGUGGAGGCAGCAGUGGUGGUGGUGGUGGUGGUGGUGGUGGUGCUGGUGGUGGUGGUGGUGCUGGCGGCGCUGGUGGAACUUCGUGGAGUCCAGAUCAUUAUCCCCCUCCUCACCAUGGCAACCAUCACUAUGGCAAUCACAGCAAUAGCAGCAG